AUGCUAGAUUCAUUCAAGACAAUGAUAGAUCGACUUUUAUCUACAUAUUCACAAGCUGAAGAGAUCCAGAUAUCCAGUAAUUUGCCAAUAUGGGUCGGUAUAAUGGACACCAAGAGUAUUACUCUGACCUCAGAGACAUUUCCCAUUCUCUGGGCAGAGCUUCUGGAAGAAUUAUCAAUUCAGGGAUUAAACGUGGACGAGGCUGACAUCUUUCUAGCGGGACAUGGAAGCAGGGGUUCGUUUGCAGUAGAAUUUGGUCUUCAAGAGUCAGAAAUGUUAGGCGGAAUAAUAUUGUUUGGGUCAUUAUUACCUUCAGCGGUGAAGAGUUCCGCUUUUCCUCUGCCACUAUUGACUAUAACUGGCGAAUUAGAUGGUCUUACUAAGAUAACUGACGUCGCCAGGUUUUAUAGAAAGGUCCGCGAGAAGUAG